GUCCUCCGCUCACUGCUUGGCCGUUGCCCCCGCCGGGCCGCUGGCGUCGCUCCUGGGGCGCGCGCCCACUUGGCCCUGUAAGGCCGGCCAUGGGGCGAGUCCCCUCGCCCGCGUUGCAGAGCCCCUUCCCCGACCCCUCCCCGAGCCGGGCGGGGAAGUUCAGGAGAGCUUGAGUGACAGCCGGGCGGCCGGGCGGGGACGCGCCCCGGACCCUUCUCAGCUGAGAGUGCGGUCCCUGGGCAGAUUUCAACCCCAGUCCCUUUCCCCAUCCUUCGGCCCUGGCUCUGGCUGCCUGGCGGAGGUGGGGUGGCAUUUGUCCUUUGCACACUGCUGGCUUCAUCUUUGAGGCUGCACCCCGAGGCAACAAAUGCAGGAUACUCUGUCACCCACAUGUCCACCACCAUCUGGUUUGCCUCUUGGCUACUUUGACUUUUUCCUUAAAUGCUCCCUGUGCUGGGCAAACAUUUCACGGCCAGCAGAGCAAUGGAGAGUUCAUGGCCACACUUCCCAGUAUCAGCAAGCUAUUUGGGGUGAUCAUUUGGAAGCCUCAGAGGAAAGAUGUCAGGCGUCCUGUGGUUUUGGCCUUCGGCAGUGGGGCUCGGCUUGCUUUCAGCUACCGUAGGAAGAUUUCUGGCCUCCGAGCUCUGAUACGGGGAGAAGAUAAGGGCUGGGAUCUUUGAGUCUGCCCCUAGCUGGGUGUCUGCGUCUGGUGUGCGGGCCUUGGAGUUUUUGGGUUCGGGGGUGAUUAAAGCCGGCUUUGCAGGAGACCAGAUUCCCAAAUACUGUUUCCCAAACUAUGUCGGACGGCCCAAGCACAUGCGGGUGAUGGCUGGAGCCCUGGAGGGGGACCUCUUCAUCGGACCAAAAGCAGAGGAGCACCGGGGGCUGCUGACCAUCCGCUACCCCAUGGAGCACGGCGUGGUGCGAGACUGGAAUGACAUGGAGCGCAUCUGGCAGUACGUCUACUCGAAGGACCAGCUGCAGACCUUUUCAGAGGAGCAUCCUGUGCUCCUCACGGAGGCCCCGCUCAACCCAAGUAAGAACCGGGAGAAGGCGGCAGAGGUGUUCUUUGAGACCUUCAACGUGCCGGCGCUGUUCAUCUCCAUGCAGGCUGUGCUCAGUCUGUACGCAACGGGACGCACGACAGGAGUGGUUCUAGACUCGGGGGACGGGGUCACUCACGCCGUGCCCAUCUAUGAGGGCUUUGCCAUGCCUCACUCCAUCAUGCGGGUGGACAUUGCCGGCCGCGACGUCUCCCGCUACCUCCGACUCCUGCUGCGCAAGGAAGGGGUUGACUUCCAUACCUCGGCUGAGUUUGAGGUUGUCCGGACAAUCAAAGAGCGAGCCUGCUACCUGUCCAUCAACCCGCAGAAGGAUGAGGCUCUGGAGACGGAGAAGGUGCAGUACACGUUGCCAGACGGCAGCACGCUCGAUGUGGGGCCUGCCCGAUUCCGGGCCCCCGAGCUGCUGUUCCAGCCGGACCUUGUAGGGGAUGAGAGUGAGGGGCUCCAUGAGGUGCUGGCCUUCGCCAUACACAAGUCCGACAUGGACCUGCGCCGGACACUGUUCGCCAACAUCGUGCUCUCCGGUGGCUCGACGCUUUUCAAAGGCUUCGGAGACCGAUUACUCAGUGAAGUGAAGAAGCUUGCUCCAAAGGAUGUCAAAAUCAAGAUCUCAGCCCCGCAGGAACGGCUGUACUCCACGUGGAUUGGUGGCUCCAUACUGGCUUCGCUGGACACUUUUAAGAAGAUGUGGGUGUCCAAAAAGGAGUAUGAAGAGGAUGGCUCCCGUGCUAUUCAUCGCAAAACCUUCUAGUGCCCGAGGAGGGCGGGGCACAUUGGGAGAGGGGGAGGGAGGGCAGCCAGAGCCUUUAACCCUUUUUGGUCUGGGCUCGCAUACUUGGCUUAGGGUCCCCUGCAUGCCCUGAACCCCUGGGUGGGCGGCACGACAGUGCCCCCCUGCAGCCUUCCCCUCUGCACACACACGACACGCACAUAUGAGUAACAUUGAGCUGCAUGGACAGGAGCCUUGAGCUGGCGCGUGGGAAUUGAGCGCCACGUCAGGCUGUUCUGGGUAUCCCCCCGGCAGGGCCAGCUAGGCCUGUGGUUCCCUGCUCUGACUCUCAGGGCUGCCUCCCCGAGCUCCAGGGCCAGAAUGCCUGGAUGCCUGUGUAGCCAGUUUGGGGAGUGGGCUGGAGGGGCGUCCAGCAGCUCCCGCUGGUGUGUCAGCACGUCCAUUGCCACCUCCUGUUCGUGACCUGACAGGGUGGCACAGCCCCUUCCACACUCUGUCCUGUCUUCCUGGGUAGAUGCCCUGGUGGAGGGCUCAGUACUGAAUGGUCUUCCGUCCCCAGCAAGGGGGUGCAGCCCAGGGUCAGGCCCUUCGGAGCCAGGGCAGAGGUUGCAAGGUGGCCGGAGCUGCUGCACUCUCCCCUCGGAGCACUUCAUCGACUUGCGCCUCCCUCUGCCCUUGGCACCCUGGGCGGGAAAGGGUUGAUGCUCAUCAUUUAUUGAAGGGAAGCCACUUAAUGAGUCAGACCUAAAAGGGGGUGGGGGACAUUUUCUUCUCUCACCUCACCCAAGAAAGAGGUCGUCACUUUUGCUGUGGCCAGGGCCCCACUUCCCUCUGUCAGAUAUGUACAAUAAUUUAACACAGUUGCCUGAAAAAAAACUUUUGUAAAUCAUUGUAGUAAUAAUUAUGGACAAGGCCCAGUGUG